CACCAGCUUCCAAAUUGUUCUUUUAGCUGGGAGUGGUUGUGAGAGCUGGCCUGGAAUUUUGAACUGCUGCUAACACAGAAUUUUUAGUAAACAAUACAAGUCCAAACAGUUACAGUGGGACUUUGCCUUGCGUGUGUUCCUUGUACUCUCUGCAUCAUGAGAAUGGAUCAAGAGCACAAUGCAGAAAAAGACACUACCCUGGAACUGGAAUCAGAGCCUGAAAGUCCUUCAUUGCCACUUAUGGAUCUGUUUACCCCAAUUGGUCUCGAUACAUGGACUUUUCGUGAUCAUGGCAGGAAAAAGUUAUUUCCACCUCCGGAGAUGAUGCAAAAGCUUAGUGAACAGAAGAGCAACCCUGUGUUGCUGGAGUGUAGGUUCCCUAGAAUGACAGAUGACAUGGCCAGAAGUGCACUGCUCAGUUUUGUCAAUUCCAAAUGUUGCUAUGGCAACAGAGCUGCAGGCGAGCUCUUCAUUCAGGAAUUGAAGCCACAGACCUUCCACAGAUAUCGAUUGGAAACCUUUAAUGAAACAAGAGCAUGUGAAUGGACAUUUGAGCCUUAUGCCAAUGCUAUGGUAGAUGGUCCACAAAACGGUGUAUCUCCUCGACCUUGGGAUAUUAAAGUCCAAGUUCCACAGAUGUUUCAGGAAGACACAAAAAAGUUUCGUGUUCCCCAUUCUUCUUUAGUCAAGGAUUGUCAUAAAUGCCAUGGCCGGGGCCGAUACAAAUGUAGUGGAUGUCACGGAGGAGGCAGGAUGAGGUGUGUCACAUGUAACGGAGCCAGGAAAUCCAAAGCCAAACAUUUAAAAUAUCAGAAACGAUGUCAGAUGUGCUCAGGUACAGGUCGCAAAAGGUGCAACACCUGUUCUGGAAGAGGUAACAAAAUCUGUUCAACCUGCCAAGGGGUGAAAAAGUUGCUGCACUUCAUCCAGUUGAUAAUAACUUGGAAAAACAAUGUAUAUGAAUUCAUUUCUGAACAUCAACUAAGCUUUCCAAGAAAUCUACUCAGUAAAGCUAUGGGGGAAAAUUUACUUAAAGAUGAAAAUACUCUGGUAUAUCCACUUGUUGAUUUCCCUAAUGCUGAGAUCUCACUGGCUUCCCAAAGAGCUAUUGCAGAGCAUCAUGGCCAGCUCACCAGUAUAUCCCGCAUCCUAUGGCAGCGACAAACCAUAGAGCUGAUUCCUGUGACUGAAGUCCAUUAUCGAUAUGCUGCAAAAUCAUAUAUUUAUUAUAUCUAUGGAACAGAGAACAAAGUUUAUGCCCUGGACUAUCCAGAAAGAUACUGUUGUGGCUGCACAAUAAUCUGACAGUGAAAUGCUGUGCAAGUAUUCGUUAUAUAAAACAAGUUAUUUUUAUGUCUAAAUGAUAUAGAGUGGGAUGAUACAGAUUCACUCCUUACUGCUGUGAUACGCGGAAUAAUAUUUGUAUCCUUCUCCUCCAGAUUAGGAAGAUAAAGGCAUGGUAAUAGAAUCUCCUAAAUCCUAUUUCUACUUUUGUUUAAACAACAUAUAUCUAAAUAUGUAUCUUUAAAUAUAUGUGUCUAAUAUAUUUUCUGGGGGGGGGGAAGCAUCUUGGGGCACAAACUAUGUAUCUAUUCUCUAAGUCUACAGUAUUCUAGAGUAAUCACUAUUAAAUCUAUAGGAGUGCAGCCUUAAGCAGAUGCAUGAGAUGAUGGAAACAGGAAUAAUUUUAGAAACCUCUAGAAAAGCAAGAUAUUAUAUAUGGGUUGAUGUCAUUUUCUUUAAAAUUUGGAUUGUUUUGCAUUUGAUUUUGGUUAAGUGAGAGGCAAGGAAGUUCAGUUCCUCCCCUUUAUGUCAACUCUACAAUGAACCUGGCUGCAGCCAUUUUGCUCAUUUUAGGUUGCCACAGGAAUGGGAGGGGGUGUGGAGGAUUUCCACUAGUCUAAACAUUUUACUGUCCUGUGGGAAUCAAGGUAAUUUCUGUCAGUUAGAUGGGGGCAUGAGUAUUUGAUUAGAACACCCGCCAAACUAUUCUGUUGGGGAACAUAGCUGAUUGCAUAGGUUGGGGUGGGAAGUUCAACUUUGUAAUAUUAUCUCUCUUUGAAGGGAAUUUCAGACUUGGUUUCACUUUUGACUGUGCUGAUACUAUGUAACCAAUAAACAUUUUCUUUGA